GCGUUUUUCUAUCUACGACAUCGACUACAACAAUGCAAAGCUGGAACUGCAGGACUUCGUGGGAUCUGUAGACCUGAAUUUCAUGGACCUCAUCAGCGCCAAAGACACAAUGUGUACGUGCAACAAAAUACUUCGAAUUCAAGAAUCGUCUAAACCCCGAGGAACUAUUAGUAUCACAUCAGAAAUCAUGACGGAAACAAGGGAUACCGUUAACAUCCACGUGACCGCUCGUAAACUCGACAAGUCUAAGGGCAUGUUUAGUAAAAAGCACGACGUGUACCUUGAGAUUUCUAAGGAGUUGUCACGUGACUCGGGGAACUACCAGCCCGUGUAUCGCUCAGAUGUGUACCCCAAAUCAAACAAACCUAGGUGGCGACCAUUUUCGUUUAAUCUUCAGAAGCUUUGCAAUAAUGACUGGACGAGGAAUCUCAAGAUUUCAUGUUACAGGAGGAAAUAUCGUACUCCACAAACAGUUGCGGGGCUGAAAUGUGGACCGAAGAUCGAAUUGAUCGGCGACGUGUCAACCACUUUGGGUGAUCUCCACAAAAAGGAUACGACCCGGACGGACAGUUUUAUCACCCUCCCACUGAAAAAUCCCAAGGACCAGAACAAACACAAAUGGGACCUCCGCAUUAUCAAGUUUAGAGUUGACAGACUACACACACUGAUUGACUACCUCAGAGGGGGGCUACACCUCAACCUCAUGGUCGCCAUAGAUUUCACGGCCUCUAAUGGGAGUCUUAACGAUAUCUACUCUCUCCACAACAUCCGGGACCUCGAUGUGAACCCUUAUCUCCACAUCCUUCAGACGGUUGGCAGGGUGAUUUCAGACUGCAAUUUUGAUAGGAAGGUGGCGCUGUACGGGUUUGGCGCCAAAUGGAACGACAAGGAGUAUCCAUCACAUUGUUUCCCGCUCUCCGGUGACAAAACGUCUCCGUACAUGCGAGACAUCGAGGAAGUGAUUCAGAAGUACAAGGAAAUCCUUCCGGUUCUAACGUUUUCUGGCCCCACCAUGCUGGCCCCUAUUAUAGACAAGGCAGUAGCGUUAGAGGAGAGUCAGAACUCGUCCAAGGAAAACCAUAUAUAUACAGUACUACUAGUUAUAACGGACGGGGUCAUCAACGAUAUGAACAAUGUGAUUAAGCGUCUUAUAGAAAACAGCCAUCGAGCAUUGUCAGUGGUGUUUGUUGGAGUUGGACCAGCCGACUUCUCUCUCAUGGAUUAUUUCAGUGAUAGUGCUGGUCUACUCAAGCUCGAGAAAACGGGAAGAAGUUCUGAGCGUCAAAACACACAUUUCUUACCAUAUGUGAAGGAGGUCGGAGACACUGAUGGGGACAAAAUCUUGAAACGUGACGUCAUGACUGUGCUGUCCAAACAUGUUCUACAGUUUUAUAAAAAUGUGGAGCCCAACAAGCCGAAGAUUCGACGUCACGAUCAACUCAACUCUGUUCCAUGGGAGGCAAUUUUAUCAACGCCGACCGUGGAGACAGACGAUCAAUUAGCAAGAUCAAAGUCCAGGAUCAGCGCCAUGUCUGUCAAACAUACGAAGCCUAUGUGUCCCACAUGUGGUGCUGCCAUCGACGUCAGCAAGACCGGAAAGCCCCACGCCAUCCACAACUCAACAGAGCGACACAGCAUGUUCAACUCCACAUUUUCGCUUGGUGGUACAAUCUAACCCAGGAAAGUGAUGAAAUAGUAUUACGAUUUAUAACAAGAUAGAGGGAAAGGAAACUGGUAUACAGACAG